CGGGCCAACCUUGGUCCUACAGAUUUUUCUCAUGACGCAAUUUUACAACUUUUAGUGUGCUGACUGAGUUUUCGCAAAGAUGUCGUCAGGUUUGAUUGCUGUGCAGCAGGCUUUGGCUCGCCGAGAGGAGAAGAGGCUGAGGCAACUGAAGAAAAGUCUGCAACAAAAAACGCUCUUGCACAAAGCAAGGAGGGAUGUCUGCACCCGCUUCACUCGAUUGAACGGAGGCAUGGUGCGCACUUAUGCGGAUAAAUUUGCAGACGUGGUGAUGGAUGCGGAGCAGCAGGUUGCUGAUGUUGUUGCCCGUUCCGAGCAAGUAGCACGCGAACUUGAGUCACUACGGCGGCUCAAAUCGUUGGAUGCCGAUGACGCACGGGUGGAAGAGGAGGCAAUGGCGACAAAACCGGCGGAGGAAAAUAAGGACCACGCGAUUGGAACGGGAAGCGGAAGCAUACCAACAACCGACGAAGGUCGUGGUCCCUCUAAAUCCAAGCUGUCGUCCGCCAUAGCCACAGCAGCUUCGGCAACAUCCUCUACGCGAUGGCGCAGCAAGGGGGCUUUGUCGCGGCAAGAUAGCCCUUUAAAAGCAAUAGGAGGCGCUAAAACGGAGACCCGGCAACCUUCAGCUUCUACUGCUUCUCUGAGUAAAAAGUCAACGAGCGCGUUUCGUUCGACCUCGCCAGCGGCGUUUCUGCAAACGCGGCUACCCUUCCGCGAGUCAUUGCCAAAUCGCCGAUCAUCGUUUUUCAGCCGGUACCGAGACGCGCAACAAAAAGUCAAUGAGUAUUACGUAAGCGGAGAGCAGCCUCUCGACGCUGAAAUGUUGAUGCCCUCGGACCCACCGCCUGCUCCAAACACGCGACGGAAGUUUAUUUUCCAUUCCAUGGAGUGUAAUCCCGUAUGGGACGCCUCUAGCAAGAGGUUAUGCAAGCAACGCGACGCGGAAGUUGGCACCUUGAGAGCACUGGCGGAGGCUCUAGUAGCUUCGGGAAACUGGGAAGGAGAGAUCGUACAUGGCGCAGGACGACAGCGAAAGGUCGCUGAAAGGUUCUCGUGUGCAAAAAGUGGUAGUCACAAAGGUCAUUGGCAGCAGAAUAACCAAGUCCAAAGUGAAGUAACUAGUUCUUCUAGCGAUAUGGUGCACUUCCGUUGUGGGUUGCGACGCACGGAUAUCGACGCUCUGCCGGCAGAUCUGCCUUUCUUCGUGGAAGCCGAUGGCCUGCCACACUUUCAAGUCUUCAACUACAUGCCUUUUGCAUGCGCACAGCUGACAACAAAAUCUGGGCUUACGCGAAAUUUGAUGCAUUUUGUGGACCUCCAUAGACUUCGCUUAGGCCACGAACUUGGGAUCUUUGCUCGUCGGGGUCCGCCACUGCUUCCGAAACCGGAAGAGGAACUGAAUUUUCUUGACGAAGAAGGGCAAAAUGAUGGAUUGAAAGCGAAUAAAGAAAAAGAAGUUGGGUCGAUAGUCGUUGCGAAACCAGAAGACAUGCAGUCGCAAAAUUCGGAUUUUCAGAAGACAAAUGCGUCCUUCACUGCCGCUCGGCCUGAAGCGCGUGCGGACUUCCUAGCGAGGAUCUGCGGAGAUCCUGACUUUCGGGUAGGUUUUCCGGUUUCUUUUGAUCUUUCUCAUACCGAUGCGCGGGACAGGUUUCGUCGUUCCUUCCAAAAGCAACAGGUUCGCGCUCUUGUCUUCUCGGCCCUCCAUUGCUAUAAGGCGACAUCGAAUGAGGCAGAAGCUAAUACUCUGGAAGAAAAGUUUGGGACCCCUGAUUAUAGCCCUCCGAGACCGAAAGUUUCAUAUCCUCGCUUGCGCUUGGCUUUGAAGCUUUUUUUGAAACCAAAACUGGAUAUCAGCGCUAAGGAAUGGAAAAUACUGUCAACGGAAGCCUUGAAGUUGCACAAAGUUGUGCUGAAUACAAGAAGCCCGAGUAAAGCAUGUGGCGAGUUAACUCAGGAUAAGGCUGUUGAUGAUGAAAAACAGAAAGGUGCUGCGUCCCCCGUGCUCCAACAAGCGGAGUCGAAAAGUUCGCCUCUAACGCCGAUAAGCCUGAAACAAUUGCGGGAACUUUUGGAAAGCGAUGACUUCUCUGAUGUACUGAGACUUGACGAGAGUGGGUGUUGGACAGGCCUUGACGGUCCUGAGAAUCUGUGGAUUGUCAAGCCCGCUAAUGCGGGACGCGGGGAAGGCAUCCGCGUUGAGAAUCGUCUAGAGAAUUGUAUGAGGAUGAGCAGUGGAAUCGUGCAGAAAUAUAUCGAGCAACCUCACUUGAUUGAAGGCCGGAAAUUCGACAUGCGGCAGUGGCUCGUGCUGACGAGCUGCGGGAACACGGCAGCUUCGUCCUCGGCAACAAAGCAGAUGACAUGCCAGAAAGGGGAGGAUCGCGUUGACACGACGAAGAGGAAUGACUCUGAUGAUCAUGAUAUGCAAGAGCGGCAAAAAAUUGAAGGUCGUCUGGCGAAAAUAGACGAGGAUGAAGACCAGGACCAAAUACGUGCCUGGUUUUAUGACGACUGCUAUUUGCGUUUGGCGGGUCGCGCGUAUUCAACUGAUACCGCUGACAAAUUUGUCCAUCUUACAAAUAACUGCAUCGUACGGCACACGCCCGAUUUGGAAGAUUACGAAGCUACUAUGUGGCAUUCAGAUCGGUAUGCGAAGUUUUUGGAGGACGAGGUAGCAAACCCAAGGCGGGUCGCUUGGUCAUCGUUGCAGGAUCAGAUGAAAACGAUAGCACGGCUGACGUUAGAGUGCACAAAAAGUACGAUAGCGGAUCGCACACACUCGUAUGAACUUUUUGGCUAUGAUUUCAUGGUUGACGCGUUCGGAAAAGUGUGGCUUCUAGAGGUGAACUCGUCGCCCGAUCUCUCACACUCGACAAACAUCACAGCGGGACUUACUCGCGCAAUGGCGCAGGAUCUCGGUAAACUCAUUUUCGAACACGAAAAAUUGGGCUUGAUGGACGCUGUGUCUCUUAGACGACAAACGACCAAAGAAAAGUCGGCGGAUGACGGAAUCUUGGGACGGUUUUCUAGGUUGUAAGUGUUGAAAGAGUUUUUCUUUUUUGAUGUACUGAGUUAUAACAAGACGACCUUGCGGCCCUCGCUUGUGGCACGAGGCACGAAAUUGUUUACUGAUGCACGUAAAAACCAG